CCCAUGCCGUCAGUGGGCAAUCGUUUUGGAGCUCAGACAAUACAGCUUCAUGCAUCUAGAAGCUUCGCUGCAACUUUCGCAGCUCGGCUGUCCUGUACUUGCUUCCUCUAACUUAUCUUCUUGCCCUACCCUGGGCUGUGUAGAACUCGUGUCUUCACACACCUUACCACAUUCCCACUUGACGUGAUCAAGCGAUACAGACUUCACAAUGCCUGUCGACUACAGCAAAUGGGACGCCCUCGAGCUUAGUGACGAUUCGGAUAUCGAGGUCCACCCCAACGUCGACAAGCGAUCCUUCAUCCGAGCCAAGCAGAACCAGAUCCACGCCGAGCGGCAGCAGCGCAAGCUGCAGAUUGAAACCCUCAAGUACGAGCGCCAGAUCAACGAUGGCCUAAUCAAGAGGAUAUCGGCCCUGCUCGCGGCCCUCAAGAAGCAUGCGUCCGAGGCCGAGUCCCGCAACCCGGCAGAGGUCGCCUUCCAGGCCGUCAUGGAGUCUGCAGGCAACCCGGCCGACGACAAGCCGCCCGCGCGGCCAGAGGGCGUGCACGCCAAUGCCGAGCAGCCACCCUCGUAUACCAAGAUGAUGGCGUCCCUGCUCGACCAGGUCAACAAGGCCAUGGACGAGAAGAAGCCUGAGAAUAGAUACACUGCCAUGGUGGCGGAGAUUGAGGACCACCUCAGCAAGGUUGAAGAUCUCCAAAAGCAGCUGCUUGAGAAGCUGGCAGAGCUGGAGAAGGAAGAGGGCCGCAAAAUCACGAGUGAGGGUCUCCGAGACGGCUUCAACACAUCACAUGUUGCGAAGUCGACCCCUGCGGCGGCAGGUAGCGACAAGAAGACGAGCAACACCAGCACCAGCAGCAGCCAGCCCGAACUACUCAACCCGAACUUUUCUGCUCAAGCGGCGCAGCCGCCAAAGGACGCAGCCAGCGCCGGCGAUGAGGACGACAUGGACGCCUCGGCGGACGGGCGCAAAUUUGCAAGCAUCAAGGCUUCCGAGUACCGCGAGUCUCAUGCCUUCAUCACGUCGCACCCCCACAUCCUUGCCGAGAAGGAGACAGACGGCAUCCUCGUGAUGGCAUUCGAUGCGCAGCUGGAAGGCAAGGAUGAUGUGGCGCGGAAUUGCGUCCACCAAGCGCUACUGCUGCAGUAUUGCAGGUCCCUCGGGCGGGACGGUGUGUCGCUUUUCUUCAAGCGCGUGACGACGAAAGGUCAUCAAGCGCAGGAUGUCUUCUACAAGGACGUACAGGAUACCUACUUUAGAAUCAAGAAUCGCACAAAGGAGAUCAAUGCGGAAAGGGCAGCUGAAGGGUCUGGGGAUGUCGAACAAAUCCAGCUCCACGCGGUGGAGCCGGGCACGGAGAUCAAGAUCAGGAUACCCCCGGCAGACAGCCAAGACGAGGAGGAGAAGCGAGGCCGCGAGAUCUUUGACAGCUUUGCGCCGGAUAUGAAGAAGGCGCUGGAGUCUGGCAGUCUCGACAAGGUCAACCAGGUCCUGGGUAAGAUGAAGGUGGCUGAUGCCGAGGAGCUUGUUGGGCUACUGAGCGAGGCUGGCGUGUUGAGUUUGGAGGAGGAGGUGAUUGACGCGACAACCGAGGAGGGAAAGCGGAGGAUCAAGGAGAUGGAAGACGAGGCCGCACUGGAGUCAUAUGCCGCGGAUCCUGAGUAAAUGACAAUGCCUGAGGAUAUCCUCUGAAUCGAGCGCAAAAACCAGAGCCUUUUUUGAACGAAGGAUAACGUGGAAAGAGCGUAUGCCUGCAAACCUGUGACGUGAAGAGUCUCGUCCAGUCUGCUCACGCCAACCCCUGUCGACUACCAUGCGAACGGCGGUGCAUAGUUGAGUACUUUGCCAGUAUGCAGCAGAAGGGACUGAUGGAAAUCACAAGCACCUGCACCUGAACGCCAACAUUCUCGCAUUUGAGCAAGUGUCUCCGA